UUCUGAAAGAAAAAAACAGGGGCGCUUCUUUGAUUGCCCUGUAGUAUAUAAUAUCUGUCUUCAUCUUCUAUUCUUUUAUAGUCGUCGUCGUCGUCUUCUUUUAUUGUAGUCUUCCUCCUCUUCCUCCCUGUCUUCGCGUUGUUUGUUAUGCGAGAAUGGAGUUGAAUCGGGCGGAUCACUUGAUCAUCGUAGUGGAGGGCGCCGAGUGCGAGUGCUGCGGGCUGGCGGAGGACUGCACCGCCGAGUACGUCGGCGGGGUGAAGGCGGAGUUCGCGGGGAAGUGGCUGUGCGGGCUGUGCGCGGAGGCGGCGAGGGAUGAGGCGGCGAAGAAGAAGAAGAAGGGCGGUGGCGGCGGCGGAAUGGAGGAGGCCGUGGCGGCGCACGUGUCCUUCUGCAGGAGCUUGCGCUCGAGCCCGCCGGCGGUGCGCGUGGUCGACGGGAUGAGGCAGAUGCUGCGGCGGAGGUCGGUGGAACUUCCGGCCAAGAGGUCGGAGGGGAAGUCGGAGGAGGGAUCAUCGCCAGCGGUGGGUUUUGAGGAAUAGACUCUGCUUAGCUCUGAAGGAGCUUUUGACUUUUCAGGACCU